AUGUCUACCGCUACCCCCGACAAGGCCGCCGCGCCUAAGCUCGAGAAGAAGCCCGUCAAGUUCAGCAACCUGCUGCUUGGUGCGGGUCUGAACCUGUUCGAGGUCACUACGUUGGGUCAGCCGCUGGAAGUGAUCAAGACAACCAUGGCCGCCAACCGGGGCGACAGCUUCGCCGGUGCUAUGGGUCGGAUUUGGGGCCGUGGCGGGAUCCUCGGUUACUAUCAGGGACUCAUUCCGUGGGCCUGGAUUGAGGCCUCCACCAAGGGCGCCGUUCUCCUCUUCGUCGCCUCCGAAGCCGAGUACUACGCCCGCUCCUUCGGUGCGAACGACUUCUUCGGUGGUAUCGCUGGUGGUAUGACCGGUGGUGUCGCCCAGGCCUAUGCCACCAUGGGUUUCUGUACCUGCAUGAAGACCGUGGAGAUCACCAAGCACAAGAUGGCCGCUGCCGGUGUUAAGCCCCAAAGCACCUUUGCCACUUUCAUGGAUAUCUACCGCAAGGAGGGUAUCCGCGGUAUCAACCGUGGUGUCAACGCCGUCGCCAUUCGUCAGACUACUAACUGGGGUUCCCGCUUCGGUCUGUCUCGUCUGGCUGAGUCCGCUAUCCGCAAGGUCGCCGGCAAGGACGACAGCCAGAAGCUGUCUGCUUGGGAGAAGGUUCUUGCUUCGAGUCUCGGUGGUGGUCUGUCUGCUUGGAACCAGCCUAUUGAGGUUAUUCGGGUUGAGAUGCAGAGCAAGACUCCUGACCCCAACCGCCCGAAGAACCUGACUGUCGGCAAGACUUUCAAGUACAUUUACGAUUCCAAUGGCAUCAAGGGCCUUUACCGUGGUGUUGCGCCCCGUAUUGGUCUGGGCAUUUGGCAGACUGUCUGCAUGGUUGCUCUUGGUGACAUGGCAAAGGAAGCUGUUGAGAAGCUGACUGGCGAUACCGUCACCGCGAAGCACUAG